UUCAAUUUCCUUUGCAAAGAAAGCGUUUAUUAAUUUUGUAAUUUUGUAUUUUUAUUUCUAUGAGAUGAGGAAAUCGAAUGACUCCAAAAACUAAUUUUAAAUGAAAGUUAUAUAAAAAAAAAAGCUAUCAAAAUGAUGAUCACAAUACACGGAUUACCACCACCUACGAAGUAUUCGGAUUUGAAGGUGUUGAUAAAGCAGAAAUGUAACAUAACAGAUUUUAUUUUGGAUUCCUUGGUGAACGACGGUGCAGACGGUGCUAAGAAAGUGCGUGUUGGCUUGGCGGAUGAUAGCGAAGGUGCUCAUUUGAUAAAGUGUUUGGACGGUUAUCGAUUAUCUGGAUACGCCUUACGGCUUGUUCCAGUUGCAAAAUCAUCCCAAGUGAACACCCCUCAACAAAAUGCCUACAGUGACAUACAAGAUAACUACCAGCAAAGGAAUGACUACCACCAACCAAACCAAAUGCCAGAUAGAAGUAGACAGGUUGAACCGACUCGUGAAACUGCAUGGGCCAACCAGUCUAGCAACCAGUGGCAAGCCCAUCAGCCCACACAGCCACCAGCUCAGAACACUUAUAACUACCAGCAGCAACAACCAAGUUUUGGACAAAAUGUGAACCUGCCAGUCAAGCCUCAAUACGAGCAGCGAGAAGGGAUGCAACCUGGCCACAGAGUACAGCAGAACCAGAGCUAUGGCCAGAACUACUCGCAAAAGAGCAACCUGAUCAAUUUGGGACCUCAAAGGAAUAUGCCAUCAAGUGCAUUGCCUGAACCGACCUCCAGGCCAACACAAGGGGGCCGCUAUCCUCCACAGCAGAGCUAUGACAUGGCUGACAAACCGACCCCGCGGAAUAUACCUUCAAGUGCAGUGCGCGAAGGUCCAGAAGUGGGCGCCAGACCCACACAAGGCGGCCGCUACCCGCCACAGCAGAACUAUGAUAUGCCCACCAAACCGAUAACAAUAAUGAAGGAUAACUUCCAAGGGCCGACGCAGUACAGCCAGAUCCCUGGCCACGGGCCGGCCCCGGCGGCCUAUCAGCAACCAGCUCAGCCAUCAGUCUGGGCCUCGCAGCACCAACCAAAACCAUUUGAGAAGCCAAUACCACCAUAUGAAAAGAAACCCUAUGAAGACAGAAAGUAUGCACCGAUCGCGCCAAUAAAGCCAAUCGAAGACCUCUCAAAGCCUGAUCCAUUCAAAGGCUAUGAUAAACCCCAUGAAUUCUCCCCAAGAAGGCAAGAAAGGGGGUACCGAAGGGACAUGUCGCCAGAUAGGGCACCGCCUUCUGGCAUACAGAUUCCGCAUUCGGGGCGAAUUUCACCAGGGAGGAGAGUUUCACCAGGGAGGAGAGUUUCACCAGGACGAAGAAUUUCACCAGAAAGACAAGUUUACGUGGAUAGACGAUCGCCCGGACGUAGAGUUUCGCCUCACGGACGGCCAGUUUAUCCGGAUAACCGUAGAGUUUCGCCGGGACGCAUGAUUGCAACAGAGAGGAGAAUUUCUCCAUCUGGCCGUCAUAUUCAAGUGACAGAAAGGGUUUCGUCGCCCUCUCACAGGCGAAUUUCUCCGCCAAGGACAGAAGCAUACGUCCGAGGAAGGAUUUCGCCGCCUUCUCAUUCGCCAGCGGACAGACGUAUGCCUCACCCCGGCAGAGAGCGCGAGGAUAUUCGGGACUUGCCGCCUCACGCGAGACGCGAGUCGCCGAGGAGACAGGCUAUGAGGUACUCCCCAACACGUCAUCACGGCGACAAACCGAUGCCAAUGGAGUAUCAAGACAGCCGACCAAGUAUCAAGACCGUUCGUCCCGCAUACGAGCCGCCUACGCAAGCGUCAAACGAAGCUAAGUACUCAGGUGGUUACCGUCCCAACGUCCGCGAGGACGUUCCUUAUCCUGUAAGGGGGCAGGAGCGUUGGCAGGAGAAGGAAUUCGGUCACAAGGACCCUGAAGAUAGAAGGGAUGCGGGUAGACUUCAAAAGUUUGAUGUACCGAGGGCUCCCGAGCAAGAGCCGAAGAUAUCUCGCUCUGGGAACCGUCUGUCUCGGUCUCCGAGACGGGAUCGCUCGCCAUUGAAUCGCGCGCGACGCCACUCGCCUUCACCGCGCUCGCCUCGGCGCUCCUGGGCUUUAGAGAAACGUAGGAGCCCGGAAAUGUGCGAGCCUCCUCCGCCUCCCACGUGGCCCGGACAUGACAGCAAAAACCCCCACUACCAACAUCCGGGUCGACCCAACUUCCCCGACAGAGAUCUCGAGAAAACAUCGGCGGUCUGGAAACCGCCGCAGAACAAAAAGCUCGUCAGCGAGGAAUUUAUCCGGCAAAGGAAUGCCGAUCGUGAAAACUUUGAAGAGGAAAUGAGACGGCGACAAGCCGCCGGAAAAUGGAAACCGGUACCACAGAUGAGUCCUAAAGGGACCAGCCGUUAUAUGGACGACGAUCGUGCCCUUCGAGAUGAUAAAUUUGCUAGAAAAGGUUUUGAAGAGCGACGCGACUAUCGCGAACAGCCCGAGACAUCCGGCCGAAGGGACAGAGGUGACUCUCGCUACGAACCCGACUUUGAAAUGAAAGAUGACAUCCCACGUAAAAAAGAAGUGUACAUCGAGGAACGAAAGAAGGAGAUACUCAAAAAACAGGAGCAAUUGCAGAAGGAGAUCGACGAAGUGUACAAGAGGGCGGUGGAUUUUACUAAGAAAGCGGAGUUGUAUAGAAAGGGUGAAUUGAAGAAGGAUUCGAGCUACGAGCCUCGUGAUCAGGACGAAGACUCCAGCGAUUCGGGAGACAGCUACGAGGAAUAUUCUCGGAAACGCAAGGAAUACGAGAGAUCCCGCCCCGAAUCCAGCGAAAGGAAAGGCAGACCGAGCCUAGAAAAGUCUAAGAGAACCACCGCAAUCGAACAGAUCGCGGAUAAACUGAUGUCGUCCCACGGCAGUUACUUGCCAAACGACUUAAGACCGCGCGUCAUUUCCGAACUCCAGUCCUCCGUCGCGAAAAUAUUGAAGAAAAUGUUUGGUAACCAAGAUGUAUCCUUCAUAGAAAUGGUAAUAAAGUUUAACUCGGUUCACACCCUAGAGGAUGAAGAGAUGAUUUUCGACACGGUUUUGUCCGAUUUCCCUGCGAAAUACCGCCGUCAGAAACGACCCGCCAAAGAUGAUACUGAUGUUCCGGCAAAAAGCUCUAGGCAUUCCGAUGAUCCGAAUUUGAGUGCAGGUGGACAGCCUAGAGCGACUGAUCAAAUUUCAGAUUGGAAUGUAAUGCCAAGCUUGGCCAAUACGCCAAUACACAUGGCCCAAGUUGGUCCACCGGGGAUCAUGAUGGGUGGCCCGGUAAUGGUCCCUAUGCCCGCUCAGUACCAGUUCGUACCAACACAGGCGUACCAUGAGACUGUACAACCGGUAGCGAUACAGGAAACCAAACAGGACGGCCAUAGUUUGUAUCUGUGUAAGGACGAUUUUCAGCCCAUUGAGGAGUUUGAGACGGUGCAGUUGAAGGAUUUCCUCGUCAAGCAACUGAUAAAGGUAACACAGACGUCUCAAGGAUGGGCACCAGAGUUCACAUUAGCGAAACAAAACAGCUCGUACAGACACGAAAUGAUAACCCGCGAUGGGCGAUCUAGGGAUUGGCUUCUUAACUUGGAUUUCAGCGAAUUCGGUCUCUUCAAUGUGUUGGUUUACACCACGGAGGAGCUGUGGUACGAGCGCGCGGCGGUGUGGCUGCCCGGACAUUCCAGGUAUCGCAACAUCGAUCCCCUCACCAAGCUGAAGUUACAGAACAAAAGGUUAGAAGACGUCAAUAUAGGUAAGUGGAAGUUUGUCAAGAAGGUCGUCAACGAGAAAGGUACACGCGUUUACGUAGACAUGCCACCGUCAUCCGCCCGCGCUCUCGAAAAACACAAGAUGCAAUUGACCUACGAGCUACAGAAAGUAAACGUCUUUUUAAAAGCCGUAGCAAUAGAUAAGGAGGCAUUCGAUAACGGGCUAAACGAACGCUCGAUAGAUUUCCUACCCUGCCCGAGUUUAACCCCGAUGCCUUUAAUCCCCGGCCACGAUAAGGACAUCAUCCAAAUCGCGUUCAAAGCAAACAAACCCCUGACUCUACCAUUAGCGCGCAAGGUAAAAGAUACUAUCAUAUACAAGAUGUACAAGUACCACCAGUUGGACGGGAAGAGUAAAACUGAUUUCGUGAAAUACGGUUACUGUCAACCUGGUUACUUUUGUCUGUUACCCGAAAACGCCGAAUCGAGGAAGUGGUUGCGCGAUUUGGAUCUUGGGAAAAUCAAUCGCACACCCCUAAUCAUAGUAGGUGAGGACGAUAUCCGAAAUAAGUAUUUCAACAUGACCAUAAUUCUUCCCUCGGAAAUGAAGGCUAAGUUCGCUUGCGAACGCUUGAAGCAAAGCAACCAAGGUGUUAAAGGGAUCAACUUCAAUCUAUGGAAGAAUCAACGGAUCGAAACCGAUCGUUCGCGUAGACACUCCUGCGUGUUGAACGUGGAUAUGGAUCUAGAAUCGAUCGAGACGAUCGCCAAAAUGAAGUAUAAAUUAGACUUGGUGAUCGAGAAUCGUGAGCAUGUUGUUGAAGUACAAUCGAAUCUCCCUAUGGCGAAGUUGGAGGAAAAAAUCGCUAAAUGUAGAGCGGAGUUGAGCGACAAAUACGAUGUCGCGAAUAUGGAUAUCGCGUCCGAUUCUGAUGACGAUAUCGUUUGUCUUGACUAAUUAAUAUUAAGCAACAUGUCUUUCAGUUUUAAGUGAGAUCUACAGCAAUUUGACUUAAGACUGUUAAAACGAGACAGCGUUAUAUCGCUUGCAUAAAUCUGUCUCGUUUUAACUGAAACUUAAGGCUGAGCUAAGUCAAAGUGUGCUCUAUAGAUCUAAGCCUUAGCUACUGAAAUGGGCACGAAUACAAGUACGCUGGAAGAGGUGAGCCAUACAAAGUGACAGUUUUUUUUUUUUUAAAUUUGAAAUGCCCCACCGCGCGUGCUGGGAAUAAAAAUUGACACUUUGGUUGAAUGGUCUUCGUGUUGACACUAAGUUGACAGAUCUCUCAUCACUAUCAUUUAGUUCCAAGUACAUGACGCUUAUUGCUGCUCUCGGCGCUAAAAUUGCGAAAACCAAGUUGCUUCAAAAAUAGGUCGGCAACCGCAUGUCCAGCGUGCUUGUAGAGGUCAUCGUGGUUUAAUUUCAAUAAUAAUAAUUUGUUUUUUGCUAGUUGCACUAUUCUUUUGGGUUAAUAAACUGUAUGUCGCAAAUGGAUAAGUUUUUCUAAAGCGCAGGCCACACGAGGAAGUAAGUGAUCAAAGUGAGUUCGUUUCGCUUCGCUCAUGUCGCUAGCCACGUCUUUUCAUACUUCAGUUCACACCGCGAACUACAGAGCUAAACUAUGCAAUUUUUGCCAUUUAGGGCCAAUUUUUCAAUCGUCAAACAACUUUUAUCUAAGUAAUAAAUUUGGCGUUUUGACAGAUUUCCCAUACAAAAACUCAAAACCUCGAAUAUAUUUCUCCGAUAAAAGUUUGAAAAAUCAGCCCUUAGCCAGAAUUUUCCUUAGUAAGCGAGCGAAACGAAUUUAGUUUCGUUUCGCUUCGCUCCCAGUGUGGACUGCGCUUUAUUCUUGUUCCUUUACAUC